AUGUGUGUAUUAAAGAGCAAGUGUGUCAAUGUCAUGCCCAAGCUUGUCAUUGUUUUACAAAUAUUACAGUCCAAACUUUCACGGCAUGCAUGUAUACGGAAAGUCAGCAGCACAGUCCUUGGAAUUUCGGUGGGAGGAGCAGAGGAAGGAAAGUUCAAAGCUCCUCAGAACAUGAUGUCAGCUGUCAAUGAUACCAAAUUUAGCUAUGCAGUGUUCCUGCUCACUGGGAUAUCGGGGCAGGAGGACGUCUAUCUCUUGAUCUCUAUUCCCUUCUGCUUGGUAUAUGUUAUUUCAAUAGUAGGCAAUUCAGUCAUUUUGUUCAUUAUAAAAAGAGAUCCAAGCCUCCAUGAGCCCAUGUACAUUUUCCUUUCCAUGCUGUCUGUUACGGACCUAGGCUUAUCAAUAGCCACCAUGCCGACGAUACUGGGCAUAUACUUAUUUAACACAAGGGACAUCAGCCUCAAUGCCUGUAUUGCCCAGAUUUACUUCAUUGCUUCACUUCAAUGCACUGAAUCCGCCGUGCUCUUGAUGAUGGCCUUUGACCGCUUCAUCGCCAUCUGUAACCCACUGAGAUACGCUUCCAUCUUAACCCAGCCAAGAAUAGCCAAGAUGGGGCUGGUGUUUCUGCUAAGAGGGGUGUCUGUAAUACUUCCAUUCCCUUUUCUCCUGAAACGGUUCCAAUACUGUCAAGGAAAUGUCCUCUCCCAUUCCUACUGCCGGAAUGAGGACGUCAUGAAGAUGGCUUGUUCGGAUAUCAUAGUCAACAGCAUCUAUGGCUUGUUUAUUAAAAUCUUAACAAUGGGUUUGGACUCGCUGCUCAUCUUCCUCUCUUACAUGAUGAUCCUCAAAACAGUGCUGAGCAUCGCGUCACUUGCGGAGUGCCUGAGGGCCCUGAACACCUGCGUCUCCCACCUCUGCGCCGUCCUGCUCUUCUACACACCGGAGAUCGGCUUGUCUAUUCUACAUAGAUUCGGGAAGGGCUCUUCUCCCUUGCUUCAGAUUCUCCUGAGUUACAUCGCCUUGCUUGUGCCGCCUCUGAUGAACCCGAUCGUGUACAGCGUGAAAAGCAAAGACCUACGUGCGAGGAUCGUCAGGAUGUUCGCCAAAUGA